AUGGGUGCUGUCGUCUCUUGCAUCCAAGGCGUCUUCCGCGCCAUUGGUAGCUGCCUCAUGGCCAUCGUCAACGCUAUCGGCUCCAUCUGCCACGCCAUCAUCAGCGGUGUGGUCACAGUGAUCGAUGUCAUCAUCUCCUGUCUGACCUGCGGCUACUGUGGAAAUCGUCGGCGAGGUCGUCGAUCAGCAGUAUGA